AUGAAUGGCUCUGCCAAGAGAUGUUUGGCCAGAAAGAAGCUUUUCACUGCAUGUGCCGUCAGCCUCGUGUUCAUGACGGGAGAGGCCAUCGGUGGAUACGCCGCCGGCAGUCUGGCCAUCAUGACGGACGCAGCUCACCUUCUGACUGAUUUUGUCAGCAUUGUAAUCAGCAUCUUCUCUCUGUGGAUCGCAUCAAGGCCUCAGACAGGAACCAUGACUUUUGGAUGGUAUCGAGCUGAGAUUCUGGCCAUGUUUCUAUCAGUCGUGUCGAUCUGGGCCGUGACAGUAGUGCUCGUCUUAUCAGCCGUGCAGAGGAUCUCCGACGGGGAAUACGAGAUUGACAGUGAGAUCAUGCUCAUAACAUCAGGCUGUGCUGUGGGGGUCAAUGUCCUGAUGAUCCUGAUCUUGCAUCAGCCUGGCAACUCACAUGGCCACAGCCAUGGGUUUGCCACCAACCUGACCCAGAGGGACAAGCAUGGGCAGAGGAACGGCCACGGUAAUGCAAGUGUGAAGGCAGCUUUCGUUCAUGUGGUGGGAGAUCUGGUGCAGAGUGUCGGUGUCAUGCUGGCUGCCAGCAUCAUCCACUUCUGGCCUGAAUAUAAAGUAGCAGAUCCAAUUUGCACCUUCCUGUUCUCUCUUCUUGUUUUUGGGACAACGCUUCCUGUCAUAAAGGAUGUUUUCAGGAUACUGCUGGAAGGCGCUCCUCGGGACGUGAGUUUUGGCGCCGUGAGAGAGCUGCUGCUGUCUGUAGGAGGAGUCACCGCCAUUCACAGUUUACACAUGUGGAGCCUCAACACGACUCAUUCUCUGCUUUCCGUGCACCUUGCCACAGAGGAAGAUGCUGAUUCGCAGAUCAUCCUCAGAAAGGCAACAAGGGUCCUGCGCUCCAAGUUUGGUUUUUCCAGCAUCACAAUUCAAGUAGAGAGCUGCAGGAUUUCGGGCAGCAGUGUAGAGGUUUAAAGUUGACCGAACAGAUACUGGUGACUGCAAAAGUAAAGGCACUGGGUGCUCCCAUUUAACAGUUUCAUGUUUGGGACUGA